CAGGGCGCCUGAAGGACCCCGAAGGCGAGCUUCAUUGAGGUCCCGUCUCUGCCUCGCCAUUACUGUUGUGGUUAAUAAAUUAAGAAACAGCCGAAGAGACUCCGAAAGAAACCGUGAAUAAAAAAUUAUCCGGGCGUCAAGACUGUUGGAAUUAAAAGGAAUUACAAACUGUGAUCCAUCAAACGACGGCAGGACGCUUCUGAGCGGAAUAAAAAAAUCCUAAUAAUAAAUACAAAGUUAAAAUCUAUUUUACAUUUAGGUGAAGUUCAUGUCCAGACAUGUCUGGCAUCGCUCUGAGCAGACUGUCCCAGGAGAGGAAAGCUUGGAGGAAGGAUCAUCCCUUUGGGUACGUUGCUGUUCCCACGAAAAACACGGACGGCACGCUGAACCUGAUGAACUGGGAAUGCGCCAUUCCAGGAAAGAAAGGGACUCUAUGGGAAGGCGGACUGUAUAAACUCAGGAUGCUGUUUAAAGAUGAUUAUCCCUCCUCUCCACCAAAGUGUAAGUUUGAGCCCCCUAUAUUCCACCCCAACGUGUACCCGUCCGGGACGGUGUGUCUGUCAAUCCUGGAGGAGGACAAAGACUGGAGGCCAGCGAUCACCAUCAAACAGAUUCUUCUAGGAAUUCAAGAGCUUUUGAAUGAACCAAAUAUCCAGGAUCCAGCUCAGGCUGAAGCCUACACAAUUUACUGCCAGAACCGAGUGGACUACGAGAAGAGGGUUCGAGCACAAGCAAAGAAAUUCGCUCCAACUUAAAAAGGAAAGAAAGACGUUUGUGUUUUUUUUGUUUUUUUUUCAAAUAGUUUCAUUGGAGGAGGAGGAGAGGGUGAAAAAGUGGGAUGGUAAAUUUGUGUAUAUAUAUAUAUGUAUUAUAUAUAUAUAUAUAUAUAAAUAUUUAGAACUAUAGAGACGUUUUUUUCUGUUCUGUUUAAAUUUUAGCAAGUUUCACUAUUGUUAAAAAAAAUAAUAAUAAUUACAAACUGAUAAAUGUAAUUAAAAAGUUCAUAAUGCA